AUGACGUCUUCACCUCGCAAUGUCCCAAACACAGCAGUCUCACAUCCUGCACACUCUCUUCUGAAUCGCGCUCAUUCCUCUGACACCGCCGACCGCAUCUUUACCGACAAAAUCAAGAACAAACCUCUUCUCCUCCAACCGACCGUCUCUACGGACAAACGAGCAUUGCGCCGACAUAUACGUCUUCGCAAGAAGGAAUACUACUUCCGGAAACGAAAACCGAGACCUCUUAGUGCCAAAGAGAAGCGGGAGCUGGGCGUGUUCAAGCUCAAGAGAGAAGAGAUCAAGUAUGAAAUAUACAAGAACUUGCAUGAGAUGUGGAAGAGCUAUAUGCUCGAAGUGCUGGGCUAUAUGAAAGACGGACAGAUCGUGGACACAAGCGUAUCGAAAGAAAUCACACCCCAGGGCCAUGGAAGCCUUCUCGCCAGCGCGGAUUUUCACGGCGCGGAGAUCGAAGUGGCCCGAUGCUCGGACACGAGCAAAGUUGGCAUCAAGGGGAUUGUGGUCCGAGAUACAAAGUUCACCUUUGUGGUGGUCACGGCGAAGGAUGAGGCGAAGACACUUCCGAAGAAGGAUACCGUGUUCAGAUAUGAAAUUCCCAUCCCUAGUGGAAGUAAAGACGAGUCAAAAAACCUGAAAUUCGAGUUACACGGAAAUCAAUUCGAAUUUAGACCGGCGGAGAGGGCGAACAGGAAAUUCAAAUGGAAGGUCAUGGAUUAUCUGUGA